AACCCUAGAUCCACUGGAUUCUCCUCGAGUCUUCUCGUUUCACUGAAGCUGCUCUCUCUCUCUCUCUCUCUCUAAUGGAGGGUCUCGUCGGUAAAUUUAAGAAUUUCGACGCGUAUCCAAAGGUUAAUGAAGAUUUCUACAGCAGAACUCUCUCCGGUGGCGUAAUCACCCUCGUCUCCUCCGUCGUCAUGUUUCUCCUCUUCAUCUCUGAACUGAGAUUGUAUCUUCAUGCUGCUACGGAAACAAAGCUUGUGGUAGAUACUUCAAGAGGAGAAAGACUACGUAUCAAUUUUGAUGUCACAUUCCCUGCCCUUGCAUGUUCUAUGCUCAACCUCGAUGCCAUGGAUAUAAGUGGAGAAGAGCAUCUUGAUGUGAAGCAUGAUGUUAUUAAGAGACGAAUAGAUGCCAAAGGAAAUGUUAUUGGUACCAGACAAGAUGGAAUUGGUGCACAUAAGAUUGAAAAACCUUUACAAAGACAUGGAGGAAGGCUGGAACACAAUGAAACAUAUUGUGGUUCUUGUUAUGGUGCAGAAAUGUCUGAUGAAGAUUGUUGCAACUCCUGCGAAGAAGUUCGUGAAGCAUACAGAAAGAAAGGUUGGGGGAUGUCAAACCCAGAUUUAAUUGAUCAGUGCAAGAGGGAGGGUUUCCUUCAAAGGAUUAAAGAUGAGGAAGGCGAAGGAUGCAAUAUCUAUGGUUUCCUGGAUGUCAAUAAAGUGGCUGGAAACUUUCAUUUUGCACCAGGAAAAAGCUUCCAGCAAUCAAAUAUGCACGUGCACGAUUUGUUGGCAUUUCAGAAGGACAGUUUUAAUAUAAGCCAUAAAAUCAACGAGUUAUCCUUCGGAGAACACUUCCCUGGAGUGAUCAAUCCCCUUGAUGGAGUACAAUGGGUACAACAAACACCAUAUGGAAUGUAUGAGUACUUUCUGAAGGUUGUACCUACUGUUUACACUGACAUAAAAGGGAAUACUAUCCAAUCCAAUCAGUUUUCUGUGACGGAGCAUUUCAGGACUGAUGAGAUCGGUCGAGUGCAAUCUAUUCCUGGAGUGUUUUUCUUUUAUGACCUUUCUCCAAUUAAGGUUACCUUUACUGAGGAACAUGUAUCGUUUUUGCACUUUCUGACUAAUGUCUGCGCCAUAGUAGGAGGUAUUUUUACAGUUUCUGGAAUAUUAGAUUCCUUCAUAUACCAUGGUCAGAGAGCAAUCAAGAAAAAGAUGGAGAUCGGAAAAUUGAGCUGAUUUUGAGAUUUCCAAUGUGAUCCAUCCAAUGCGGUCCAUAGGCUUGGAACAUAAUAGAGGAUUGAAGGGGCAUCUUCUUACAACUGGGUUUUGCUUCAAACCAAAAACUUAAAAAGUCAUGGAAUGGAAAGGGAGGGGUGUUCAUGUAAAAAUCAUCCUGCUUUGAUCUGUAGAGUAAUAGUCUUGUGUUCAUGGUAUAGGAUUAAACUUGUGGUUCAGGGAUAUACUGGCAAGAGUUAGAGAACACAGUUUUUUAUGCCUGCAGAAAUAAUUUUGUAUCAUGGUUUUGUUUGUACUUAUCUGUUCUAAAUCAAGCAAAGUAACUUAUUGAGUUCUCAAUAGAAAUAAACUCA